CAGCUCUCAGGGGGGCGCGCUGGGCCAACCUCGGCCUGUUGGCCGCAUGGAGCGACCAGAAAAGGACAACUUUUGGGACCUGCAUCGAAGACUGGCGGAAUGCUAUAUGUCAGAGCUGGCGGUCUCCGGGAAGCCUCAUGGGCCACAUCCUCCAACUCUGGCUUCACCGGCCAUCCAGUUGCCGGGCCGUCAGCUUCCUCCAAUGGUUUCGUUAGCGUUCAGCGCCUUCAGUCGACCCAUUGGCCGUGCGAACCAAGUCGCCUCGAACGCCUCGCCCAGCGUAGCGGUGGUAGAUGUGAUGUCGCACUCCCCGCGGAACACGGAGGUAAUUGACCAACCGCCGGCCCCGAGUCACAGCUUGCGCAGUCAGGUCCAAGUGAUGAGUCACAAGAAGAGUAUGAACAGUGUGGCUGCCAGUAUGAACAGUGCCAGGCGUGGUGAAUCCUUCGAAUCCUUGGUCUCUGACGAGGAUGUGAAAGGCUUUCAGCAGGUGGUUCCACACGACGAGUCCGUGUCGACCGCCAAGGCGAAAGCCUCCUUACAUCAGCGACGAAGGAGCACAGUCGAGCAUCUUCUCAAUGCGCAAGGUGUAAGUGAUGAUGACCUGGCCAAAUCAGGUUCAGAAUUGGAUAUCACCAGGAUCGCAUUGAAGCCACAUGACUUUUGGUCCUCAUCACAAGGUCAGAAGGUUAUGUCGACAAAUCUGCGGCGCCUCAAUCAGGAGAGGAUGAUGUACAACGAAGGUGAUGACGGGCAACUUGACAGCGUGAUGCCCUUGGAAAGGAGUUGGAGCAUAAUCCACCCUGGCGGGAACUUUCGUUUGUUCUGGAAUGUCCUCGUGGCACUUUGUUUAGUCCAUGACUUGGUGGUGAUCCCGCUCUAUGUCUUUGAGCUCCAAGAUUCGGCCGUCUUGCUGGCCUUCGAGUGGUGCACACAACUCUUCUGGAAUUUUGAUAUCAUCUUGUCCAUGCACACUGGAUACUACUACAAAGGGCUACUGAUCAUGAGCGGCAAGAAGGUCUUUCGGAACUACAUGCGAACGUGGAUGCCGCUGGAUGUGACCUUGGUAUCACUGGAUUGGAUCUUUGUCAUUAUGGAAGUCGCUGGAGUGGCUUCAAUUGGCUCAGUGGCACAGCUCUCACGGACCAUCCGCUUCUUGCGCUUCUUGAGGUUGGUUCGAAUUCUGCGCUGGGUGAAGCUACGCCGAAUGGCUGAAAUGUUCCAAGAGCUGGUUCAGUCACAAUCUGCCGGCGUGGUCUUCAGUUUAGUCUUCGGAAUCGCCCGCUUGCUGAUCCUGAAUCAUCUGGUUGGAUGCGCCUGGUUUGGCCUAAGCCGAAUCCAGGGAGAUGACAACUGGGUCAGAAGCAAUAACUUGGAGGACGAAAGUCCCCUGCACAAAUAUUUGACUUGUAUGAACUGGGCCUUUGCCCAGUUGGGUGUCGGCUUAUCGGAUAUUACUCCGGCCACGACGCUGGAGACCUUCUUUUCGGUCAUCAUUGCCUUCAGGUCUUUGAUUACCUGCACCACAUUGAUCAGUCGGAUGACCUCGCUGAUGACCGCAUUGAUCAAGACCAAAGAAGACGAGGAGAAGGAGUUCCGUUUACUUCGCAGCUACUUAAUCUACAACGAGAUUCCGCACAGCUUGGGACAAAAAGUGACUCGAUUCCUUCAGCAUCAGUUCAACCUUCGAGUGCAAGCAAAAUCUGCAGAUGUACACGUGCCAUUGCUGGACUUGCUGUCGCAUCGACUGCAAGGUGAAUUGCAGUUUGCCAGGCAUCAGAAAUCACUGUACCAGUUGGAAUUUUUGGAUCACCUCAUGCACGAGAAGGACCUACAAAUUGUCCAUGCGAUGCAAGAACUGUCCACCAAUGCCAUCAUCAGUUUGCCUGUGGCUGCCCGGGACAUCAUCUUCCUCGGAGGAAACUUGGCCGCAAAGACCUAUUUGAUUCUGAGCGGCGAGUUCGUGUACUACCACGAGAAAGGGAAGGUGAUGUUGGACAAUGAUGCGGGCUGGAUUGCAGAGAUGUGCCUGUGGACGCCUUGGGUUUACCUCGGAGAUCUCUUGGCGCGAGAUGUGUCACGCAUCGUGUGUUUGGAUGCCGCCAUGUUUGGUCAAAUUUUGAGUCAGUGUGGACCAGCGCAGGAAUACGCCAAAGAGUACUCCCGGCAUUUUAUCCAAGGUAUGAGACGGAAGAGGUACUGGACGGAUUUGGUGUCUGACGAAGACAUUUCCAACAUGGAGGAGGACGACAGUAAUGUGAAUCACUUACCGACGCUCGGGAAGAGUAAGGCCAAGGUCACGCCAUGGUGGAGAUGGUGUUGGAGGUCGAAUGCCAUCGCUCCGGAGAAGCCGAACAACUAGGCGGCAGACUGAUUGAACUCACCGAGGGGCUCAUUGUUGAUUUCCUUCUGAGAUGCCAUGCAUUUGGCCCUUUGCAGUUGCCCCAUUCACGUAGACACCUGGUAUCCUGCCG